AUGGCCUCAUCAUCCUCAUCAUCCUCUUCCUCAGGAGCAGAGGCAAUCGCAAGGAGAGCCAAGAUCGCAUUCGAAGAGGCGCAGAAGAGGCUGCCUGGUGGGACAGAGGCAGAUGCAGCAAGGGCAAGGGCACUCGCUCAGAUCCGAGUCGCACUGGAACAGGCAAAGGAGGAGAUCAGGGAAGCAAAUGCAAGGGACAUGGAACAGGCAGCACGGGUACAAGUCUCAGCAGGUACCCUCACCUCCUCGCUCGUUUCUCGUCUGGAUCUCUUCAGCAAGCCCGGCAAAUGGGAGUCGAUGCUCCAAGGUGUCUCAGAGGUAGCUCAGCUCCCCACCCCCCUCGAUGCCUGUACCUAUGCUCGCCGUCUGGCAGAUGCAGACCCAAAGUCUGGUUCAGGCGCUCUAGAUCUGUACCGCGUCACUUGCCCCAUCGGCGUGCUGCUGUGCAUCUUUGAAGCUCGUCCAGAGGUGAUCAUCAAUAUCGCUUCCCUGGCCAUCAAAUCUGGCAAUGCUGCUAUCCUCAAGGGAGGUAAAGAGUCGAAGCUCACUGCAGCUGUCAUGUCCAGAGUUCUGGCACAGGCAUUGGGUCAGACGGAGUUGCCUGCCGAUUUGAUCCAGACGGUGGAGACGAGGCAAGAUGUGGCUGACUUGCUUCAUCAAGAUCGAUACAUUGACUUGGUUGUGCCAAGAGGUAGUAAUGAGCUGGUGAGGAGCAUACAGAGGGAGGCCAGAAUGCCCGUCAUGGGACACGCAGAUGGGUUGUGUGCGGCGUAUAUUCACGAGAAUGCAGAAUUGGAAGGAACUGUUGGAAGCAUCCUGGACGCAAAGCUCGAUUACCCUGCAGCAUGCAACGCAGUGGAAACGUUGCUCCUCCACCGUUCCCUCCUGGAUCCAUCCCAUCCGAACGCCCGUCUAUGGCCCGCUCUGGGCCAAGCUCUCCUGCGCUCCAAAGUCACACUACACUGCGAUGCCUCCUCCCGCGAAGCCUUGCUCGCCUCUCUUUCGGGGGACGCCUCCCCCCUGUCCUCUGGGGUGGUGGAAGCAACGCCCGCAGACUUUGAUACGGAGUUCCUCGAUCUAGAGCUGGCAGUCAAGGUCGUCUCUGGGCCCGAAGAGGCAAUUGACCAUAUCAACACGCACGGCUCGCACCAUACCGAUGCCAUUUUCUGCAAAUCCCUCUCUUCUUCCCACUCUACGAGCUCAAGUUCAUCAGCCUCAGAGCACGAGCACCCAAUCGCAGCACUCUUCGCUCGCUCCCUCUCCUCGGCCAACAUCUUCAUCAAUUGCUCCACCCGCUUCGCCGAUGGGUUCAGAUACGGCUUUGGAACCGAAGUUGGAAUCUCUACCGGACGUACACAUGCGCGGGGACCAGUAGGACUAGAAGGGUUGGUGACGUACAAGUAUGUCGCCAGGGCAGAGGGAAAGGGAGUACAGGCUGCGGGGAGCUUUGCGGGCGGUCAAGGGGAGGCGAGGAGCUGGGCGCAUACGGAGAUUGCGAAGAGGUAUCCGACAUUCUGA